CCUUGUCAACCUUAUGUACAUGUAGAAAGUUCCUUAGAAGAAACCAUCAAAUAGACAUUUGGCUUGUGAGACAAAGUACAUGUAGUCCUACAUGUAGGUAGGUGUCCUACUUUGCAACAUCUGAUAAGAAUUGAGUUUUCCUUGAAUUUCGACCAAGGUUUGCCAGCAAAAUAAUUCAAUCUACCUACCUAAGGAAACUAUCGUCCUUUGUCUUUGGACUACCAAUCAUGACCAAAGCUGCAACACUUCCCGUCAUCGACAUCUCAGCCAAAGGUGCAGACCAAGCCCAAGUCGCCAAGGAGUUGGUAGAUGCCGCAAUUGACUAUGGCUUUGUCUAUAUCAAGAGUCAAGAUAUUUCGGCUGAGCAAAUAGAUAAUGCUUUCAACCUGUCGCGCAUCUUAUUCGACUCGCCUCUCGAGGACAAGCAGAGAUGCAAGAUCGAGAAAAAUAAUCAGGGGUGGUCCGGCAUGCAUACCGAGACCUUAGACCCCAAAACUCAGAGAGUAGGAGACUUUAAAGAGGGCUUCAACUUCGGCCCCUUUGCUAACAGCAAGGCCACACAACCCAUCCCGCAGAGCAUCGAGCCGCAUCAAGCAGAGCUCGCCGCUUUCCGGGAUGCGUGUCACGAGCUAUGCCGGAAGUUACUCUUACUCUUCGGCAUCGGACUAGGAGUUAAUCCCCCGGAGUUCUUCUCUGCCGCGCACAAUCCCGUCCUGCCGUCGGGCUCUAUCCUGCGGUUCUUAUACUACCCACCGCCCAGCAGGACACCCGAGGCGCACCCCGAUGACGUGCGCGCGGGUGCGCACUCGGACUACGGGUCUAUCACUCUUCUGUUCAGACUGCGUGGCCAAGCCGGUCUCGAGAUCCUCGAGCCUCGCACCGGCCGCUGGGCCCCUGUCCCCGUCGAUCCACCUAGUAGUGGCAAGGACGAGGACGCCGCCGCGCCGCCGCCUAUUCUUGUCAACAUCGGCGAUCUGCUCUCGUACUGGACUAACGGGCUGCUCCGCAGUACUGUCCACCGCGUCGCCUUUCCCUCAGCACCAGAGGCCCUAGCGGCCGGCGAGUCCACCGCCGACCCGCGGUACUCAGUUGUCUACUUCUGCCAUCCGGCUAACGACACGCUGCUGACGCCCGUUCCAAGCGAGCGCGUCAAGGCGGCAAGCGAAAACGAGAAUGAUACCGCCCGGAACCAGGGCUUAGAUAGCAAUAGUAAGAAGGUCUUGACGGCGAACGAACACCUACAGAUGCGACUACAGGCGACGUAUUUGCAGAUGUACGGCAAAGACUGAGGAAAAAAGUGACAAAGAAAGUAUGUGAAUAAGUGCCAGAGGAGAGCCUAGGCGAGUUACUAUUUACAUGUAGAGCAUCUACGUAUGGGGCAAGGUUUCAAAUGCCCGACUUCCAGUCGUCCUGGUUUGGAGUUGUGUUCUCCCGUAGCCUUGGAGGUCAAGAUUGGUCGGAAGGCUAUCAUCAGCGUCUCGAUCUAGCAACGAGAAAUUGCUUGAAUACUAUACGACUUAUCUUUUGAGCUACUCCCGAGAAAAACGGGAUAGUUAUGAAUCAGUUAGCUACAUAAUCUUCCACGUAAACAUCUCGCCUUCACUACCUACUUAACCUAUCUAUGAC